AUUGCACAUCAGUACCUAGAAUCACCUACUCCACGUGUUAUAUAGCUAACGUGAUUGUUCAAUCACACCACGAUCACGUAUAUCAACAGCAACACACGUAACGCGCAGCAUGCAUGCAGCACACUGUCAAUAUUCAUGCGGCAAGCAAGAUGUCGAACUUUGAAAGAAAUGGAUUUGAAAAUCGCAUUCAAACUCAAGAAUACCGGAGUAAUGGCAGCGGCAGGAGUAGGACGGGAUGGAAUUCCAACACAGAGUCGAUACCCAUUGACUCAAGGGAUGUUGGUAGAAUAAUCGGUAGACAGGGCAACAAGAUCCAUGAGCUUCAAGAUGAGAGUGGUGCUAUGAUCAAGGUACCAAGAGAUGUUACAAAUGAUGAUGGGACAAUCCCUGUGGAGCUACGAGGGACAGAAGAAGCUAUCGAGAAAGCUAGAUUAAUGAUUGAGGAGCUUCUAAAACCACCGGACAAUUAUCAACCGCCCAUCGCCUUAUCAGCUCCACCGGAAAACAAAGUGCGAAGACCGAUGAUAAACUGGCAAACAGCUUGUGCUAAUGCUGCAAUGAAUAAAAUGGAGAAAUGGCAAGAUUAUCCAAAGCUCACCAAAGAUUUCUACAUUGAAUCACCUGCUAUAAGAAACAUGAGCGAGAGUGAAGCGCAAGAAAUUAGAGAGAUCAUGGGUGUGACCAUAACAGACGAUUGUAAAGAUAACUCCAGACCAGUCCCAAAACCUGUCAGAACAUUUGAGGAAGCAUUCCAGGACUAUCCUGAAAUCCUUCGUGAGAUCCGCAAACAGAAAUUCACAAAACCUUCAGUCAUACAGUCCCAAGGAUGGCCAGUAGCAUUAAAGGGUCAUGAUCUGAUUGGUAUAGCUCAGACUGGAAGUGGUAAGACCCUCGCCUUCUUGCUUCCAGCUCUCAUCCACACUGACCUUCAAGAAACACCAAGAGAGCAGCGUGGAGGGCCAAAUGUGUUGGUUCUAUCCCCAACUAGAGAGUUAGCCUUACAGAUUAAAGAAGAAGUCAGCAAGUAUUCCUACAAGGGUAUCAAAAGUGUGUGUAUAUACGGUGGUGGCAGCAGAAAAGAUCAGAUCAAUAUUGUCCAGAAAGGAGUGGAGAUAGUGAUUGCAACUCCUGGCAGAUUAAAUGAUCUUAUCAUGAAUGGUAUCAUUGAUGUGAAAUCAGUCACAUUCCUGAUUUUGGACGAAGCAGAUCGGAUGUUGGACAUGGGAUUCGAACCUCAGAUCAUGAAGAUUCUUCUAGAUGUACGACCAGACAGGCAAACAAUCAUGACAAGUGCAACGUGGCCAGAAGGAGUACAAAGACUGGCUAGGAAAUACAUGAAGGAUCCAUUCCAUGUUAAUGUGGGAUCACUAGACCUAUCUGCUUGCCACAGUGUGACUCAGUUAAUUGAGGUCAUUGAUGAAGAAUACAAGAAAGAAAGGCUGAUUGAAUUUAUCGAGUGUCUGAGAGAGGAUGAGAAAUUGCUUGUGUUUGUUGGACGGAAGUCAACAGCAGAUGAGAUGUCGUCUGAGAUGUCACUCUUAAAUAUAUCUGUGCAGUGCAUUCACGGUGGCAGAGAACAGUUUGACAGGGAACAAGCACUCAGCGACUUCAAAGAAGGUAUUGUGAGAAUCCUUAUAGCUACUGAUGUAGCAUCUCGUGGUCUGGAUAUUAAAGACAUAACUCAUGUACUCAACUAUGACUGCCCAAGCCAUAUUGAAGAGUAUGUUCACAGAGUCGGACGAACUGGACGAGCAGGGCGAACAGGUACAUCAUUGACCCUGAUGACCCGUAGAGAUUGGAGAUGGGCUGCUGACAUUAUGCACAUCAUGAAUGAGGCUGGACAGGAAAUUCCAGAGGACUUGAUUGAAAUGUCUGAGAGAUUUGAGCGCCAUAAGGAGAAGAAAGAACAAGAGCGCCUGCAGGAUCAAAAAGAUGGCUUCAGGCAGGAUCGAGGAAGGGGCAGGGGAGGUGGUGGAGGGCGAGGGAGAGGGGGCUCUGGUGGGGGUUAUGGUGGAGGAUAUGGUGGGGGGUCUAGUGGAGGAUUUGGUGGGGGGUCUGGUGGGGGAUUUGGUGGGGGGUUUGGUGGCGGAUUCGGUGGAGGGCGAGGAGGUAGGCGGGGUGGUGGGCGAGGUGGAAGGAGAGGCGGAAGUAGUUAUGAUGAUUUUCAGGGUUUUUACCUCUCUUAGAGGUAGCCAUAACUCAUACCAAGGUUUGUAUUCAUCAAGUGCUUUACAAGUAAAUGAAGAAAACAGCACAGGGUUUUGAACUGAGUCCCCAAAGAUGAAAAGAUGUCGGCUGUUAUGACAUUAUUCAUAGUAAUAUGAUUUGGGAAAUGAGGCUUUUGAUCAAGUUGACUGUGACAUAGUUUAUCACAUGCUUAUCACAUGAUACCCACAUGUGCCUAGACCUUAUCGCAAAUACUCAGUUUGAACACGUUAGCUGUGGAAUGAGGUGCAUGCUGGUUUGAUCACUAGCUAGACCAGCAUGCAACUCAUUGAACAGUUGGCACUUGCGCUAGGGAGGCACUUACGCAAGGGGUAUUUGCGAAAAGGUCUUUGUCAAAAUAAUACAGUGUAAAAAGAGUUUAUGGAAAACUUGCACCAAUGGGAAAGCUUUACUUUGCCCAGCCCAAGUAUGACUGUUCCUCUGUGCUGUACACAGAUACAGAGUCCUUAACAGACCAAUUGCGCUACCAAUGUUAACAUGUGUUCACGUGACCUGAGAUGGGUAUAGAAAAACAAAGCUACACAGUAAAGACAUGGGAAGACUUGUACCGAUUGACCAUAAUCGGCUGCAUUUUCGAUAAAUAACACUUUUAACUCAAAACGAAGCCCUUUUAAAAAAGUUGAAUGUUGUAACAUUGAUUUACAUCACAUUUUCUGUUUGAUAAAUCCAGUAAUCUAUAAGAGGUUUCUUUUGAGAGUAUGGUUAGACUGCGUAAAUUACCAAGGUUUGAGCGAGCUCACGCGCCGUGUAUUUUGCGUUGUGCACGGCGUGAAGUCGGGCUGUGCCGAGGGAGACUGCGAAGUAGUCCGACUCUAGCUGACAGCAAUUCCUUAUAAUCAAAUAAUUUGAGGGUAAAAAUAAAGGAAUUUGCAGCUUCUUCAGGAUAUUUUUAUUGAAAGUAUUAGCAGCAAAAUCAUGGGCAAUGUAAAACCACACUUUUCGUGCACAAACACAUGACAUCGUGUGAACAUUCUCGUAGUUGGUGGAACUGUUUUUACCCAUUACCACCAUUGUUCAGCCACCGUAAGGUCUCUGGUACAAACUCCAGAAUAUUCUUCAGUGAUUUUGAGCAAGAAAAGCCUUGAUUGAACAUACAAAUGCAACAAUAAUCUUGUCUUUUAACGCACGUUGAUAUGCAGUAGGCCAUGUUUGUUGAUGUGUAAUACCCAUCUCGGGUCACGUGACAUUGGUAGUGCAAUCAGUCUAUUAGGAAGGGUCUCGGAUAAAACAAUAAAUCUGCCUUGCUCUGUAAUCUUAUGGCUACCAGUAAGAUGCUAUGUCAGAUUUAUGGCCCACACAUUAAAAAAUAGAUUGUUUUAAGUGAAUGGUAUUUCAAAGAGUAU